AGGACAUCUUCGAGUUGAGCGCAAUAGCCACUCCCCUCCCCCUAUCCCUCCCUCUCUCUCCGAUGGCGGCGGUGCGAAGCGCGAUUCUGAGACACUUGAGGCUGCGGGUGGUCUCAUCGGCUCCGCAGGUGUCCUCUCCCUUCGCUAGUCUCCUUCGUUGCGGCUUCUCUGACGAGGUGAAGGGCUCCUUCCUCGAUAAAUCUGAGGUCGCUGAUCGGAUCAUCACCGUCGUCAAGAACUUCCAGAAGGUCGAUCCCUCCAAGGUCACAUCAAAUGCUCAUUUCCAGAAGGAUCUAGGUCUUGACAGUUUAGACACCGUGGAGGUUGUCAUGGCUUUUGAAGAAGAAUUUGGGUUUGAAAUCCCCGACAGUGAAGCAGACAAGAUUGACUGCAUAAAAGUUGCCGUUGACUUCAUCGCCUCGCAUCCCCAGGCAAAAUGAGCAUUCGUAUUGUUUCCAUUUGUCAGGAGAAAAAAAAAGCAACUAGUCUAUUUUGAUCAUUGAUCAAAUAACAAGUUUAAACUGUUGUAUCAGAACCAUCGUCUUUCUUUGAUGGUUUGGUUCAAGCAAUUUUCUUUAUGGAUAUCAAAUGCUCUUUCGUCUAACUUGAGUUGUUUUGAAGUUAAUAAACAUUUUAGGCAUUUAGUUGGUUA